GGAGAGAAGAGGCAGCACUCAGUUGAUGGGCGGGGUGCAGCCGACAGACUGGAGACAGAAUCCAUGGCAACAAUCAUGGCAGAGGCUGAGACCCGUCAGAAGCUGCUGCGCACCGUGAAGAAAGAGGUGAAACAGAUUAUGGAGGAAGCAGUUACCAGGAAAUUUGUUCAUGAAGACAGCAGCCAUAUCGUGUCCUUUUGUGUGGCAGUGGAGGCCUGUGUCCUGCAUGGGUUGAAACGGCGAGCUGCAGGUUUUCUGCGUAGCAACAAGAUCGCAGCUCUAUUUAUGAAGGUGGGGAAGAGCUUUGCCCCGGCUGAGGAACUGUGCAGGAAGGCCCAGGAGCUCGAGCAGAUCAUUGAGACGAAAAAAAACCAAAGCUUGCAAAGCCAGGACAGCCUACGUAAGAUGACACGACUGCCCAGCCUCAGCCCACAGCCUGUCAAGAACCUGUGGAUCCGCACGGCUCUCUUUGAGAAGGUGCUGGACAAGAUUGUCCUAUACCUAGUGGAGAACAGCAGUAAAUACUAUGAGAAAGAGGCUGUUCUCAUGGACCCUGUAGAUGGGCCUAUCCUCGCCUCCUUGUUGGUUGGGCCUUGUGCUUUGGAGUACACAAAGAUGAAGACAGCCGAUCACUUCUGGACAGACCCCUCUGCUGAUGAGUUGGUGCAAAGACAUCGUAUCCAUGGUGGAUACUGCAGACAGGACUCUCCCACCAAGAGGCCAGCUCUGUGCAUCCAGAAGCGGCAUUCUAGCAGCAGCAUGGAUGAACGUGCGUCCCCCUCACCAUCAGCUCGUGAAUAUGUGGAGUCACUGCAUCAAAACAGCAGAGCGACUCUUCUGUUUGGCAAAAACAAUGUACUUGUGCAACCGAGGGAUGACAUGGAGGCCAUUCCAGGUUACCUCUCUCUGCACCAGACUGCUGACCUCAUGACCCUGAAGUGGACGCCCAAUCAGCUCAUGAAUAGUUCUGUUGGAGACCUGGAUUAUGAGCGCAGUGUGUACUGGGACUACGCUAUGACAAUCCUUUUAGAGGAAAUAGUUUACCUGCACUGUCACCAGCAAGUGGACAGUGGGGGAACUGUGGUGCUGGUGAGUCAGGACGGGAUCCAGAGGCCUCCAUUUCGCUUCCCCAAAGGGGGCCACUUGCUUCAGUUCCUCUCCUGCCUAGAGAAUGGACUGCUUCCCCACGGCCAACUAGACCCCCCGCUUUGGUCCCAGAGAGGAAAGGGAAAGGUGUUUCCUCGGCUGCGGAAGAGGGCUCCUCAAGGAUCUGGAUCUUCUGACUCUGUCUCAGAUAAAGAGGAGGAUGAAGCCACAGAUUAUGUCUUCCGCAUCCUCUUUCCAAACAGCCAAUCAGAGUUUGUGAAUCCUCCAGAUUUAAUGGAUCAAGGAGCUGCCAUGUGGCAUCCCACUCUCAGGAAGUCCUCAUGUUCUUCCUGUUCUCAGGCGAGUUUCUCAGAUGGAGCAACACCUAAAUGGUGUAACCAUGAGAGGACUCCUUUGAAGCUGCUAUGUGACAAUAUGAAGUAUCAAAUCAUCUCUCGGGCAUUUUAUGGCUGGUUGGCAUACUGCCGCCACCUAUCCACUGUACGCACCCACCUCUCGGCUCUUGUCAAUCACACCAUUGUGGAGCCUGAUGUGCCGUGUGAUGCCUAUAAAGGGCUCACCAGAGAUGUGUGGCAGAUGUUCCUCCAGGAUUGCACAACAUAUGAGGAGGAGGAGUUGUUUCGUCUGGUGUACUUUGGUGGCGUGGACCCUUCACUGCGUAAGGAAGUGUGGCCAUUCCUCCUGGGCCAUUACCAGUUUGGAAUGUCUGAGUCGGAAAGGAAGGAGGUGGAUGAUCAGGUCAGACAGUGUUACCAGAAAACCAUGUGUGAAUGGGUUGGCUGUGAGGAAAUUGUUCGACAGAGAGAGAAGGAGCAGCACGCUGCAGCAUUAGCGAAAUGCUCCUCUGUGGUGAGCAUGGACGGCACCAGUCAGAUGAUGAGCCAUCACGACUCCACUAUCAGCAAUGAGUCUCAAUCGUCUCAGAGCUGCAGCUCAGACAGACAGAGCCUGGCACACCUGCAGAGUGAUUCCAGCAACAGUACACAGGUGUUUGAGUCUGUUGAAGAGGUGGAUCAGAUUGAGACAGAGCCCAAGAAUGAAGAUGCCAAACAGGUGCCUAAAAUGCCAAGUGGCGCAUUACAGAAUGGAACGAGCUCUCCUGACUCAGGACAUCCCUCCUCACGCAACUUCUCCAUCACAUCUGGCCUGUCUGAUGGCUCAUUCAGCACAGAGGAAAGUGCUGCAGCUGAUACAAAUUCAAGACCUGCUGCUGCACCUCCUGCACCACUGAGCCCAGUCAAACCUCCUCAGCCUCACCUGCCAAUGGAUAUCGACAGCCAGAUCAAACAGGAGGAGGAGGAGUCACAAGAUGUGACCAAAAGAAUAGAAAAGACUGAGGUGCUCAAUUACAAGGUGGGCCAACCAGUUGAAGAAGAACACAUUAAAGUCAAGAAAGAUGCAAAUCUGAAGUCUGAAAUACAAGAAAAUAUUCAAGAGUCUGGGACUAACAUCAGUCCUGAAAAAAUUAGUGAAGAAAAAUCAGCAGGGACAACAGAAGCCAAAGGAGAACACCUCUCACUUGUUGAACAAGUACUUAAAAAAGAUGUUCUUGAGAAGACUGUAGAGAAGCCACUGGAAGUAAGUAGUGAGCCUGAGAGAAAGCAGAUUGUGAAAUUUGACCAAAUACAAAAAUCAGAGGAUAGUAAGCCAACAAAAGAGAUUUUACUGAUGGAGGAGGAUAAAAAAGUCAAGGGAAUGGUGGAAACGCAAGAGAAACAAGCUAGUGAAGUCAAUAAAAACUUCUCAGCAAACAGCAGGGCUUUGAGCUCAAGGGAAGCUUACAGUACCUAUCAGAAAACUGAGGUGCAGGACACGACUGAAUCAGAUGAGUCUCCCUCAGCCAUAGAGAUGGAGGAGAUCCCCAAAGCCAAAGUUUCCAUGGUGCCUUGGAGUAGGAAUGAACAAUGUGAAAUGUCCUCUUCUUCUGAAGAGUCAGUCCCGAACCUGGAACUCAGGAUGGAGAAGGAGCAGGGAAAUCUUAGCCCAGAAGGUACUGAGUCCAUGCUGUCAGAUGAGCCAGAGAUGGAGAGUCUUUACCCCCAUUUUGACUCUCUGGCUGAGUCUGAAGACACUAAAAACAAAGUGACCCCUCAAGAAUCUGCAGGGAGCACCUUCUCUCCAGAACUUUUGGACUUGUAUACGUUAAAUCUGCACCGCAUUGAAAAGGAUGUCCAACGCUGUGACAGGAACUAUUGGUACUUCAGUCCUGCCAAUCUGGAGAAACUGCGAAACAUAAUGUGCAGCUAUAUCUGGAGGCAUCUUGACAUCGGUUAUGUGCAGGGCAUGUGCGAUCUGCUAGCACCUCUGUUAGUCAUCCUGGAUGAUGAAGCCAUGGCCUUCAGCUGUUUCACAGAGCUCAUGAAGAGGAUGAAUCAAAACUUUCCACACGGAGGCGCUAUGGACACUCACUUUGCAAACAUGCGCUCACUAAUCCAGAUUCUGGAUUCUGAGCUCUUUGAGCUCAUGCACCAGAAUGGAGAUUACACCCACUUCUACUUCUGCUAUCGGUGGUUCCUUCUAGAUUUCAAGCGAGAGCUGGUGUACGAUGAUGUCUUCUCUGUUUGGGAAAGCAUCUGGGCGGCAAAGUAUGUCUCCUCAAGUCAUUUUGUCCUCUUCAUUGCCUUGGCUCUGGUGGAGAUCUACAGGGACAUCAUCCUGGAGAACAACAUGGACUUCACUGACAUCAUUAAGUUCUUCAAUGAAAUGGCUGAACAUCACAAUAUAAAGCAGAUUUUGACCCUCGCCAGAGACCUGGUUUGCAAAGUGCAGAUGCUGAUAGAGAACAAGUGAUUGUGCUGGUUGUUUGCUUUUCUGUGGUGGAGACAACACUUCCAUGUUAAUAACAGCUCCAGCAAAUGCAGAAAAUGCUUCAAAUACGAAAAGCAUUUGCAUCAAUUCAACAACAGGUAGCUGCCUCAAAAAAUAUACCCUAUAGCACAUGAAACCAUUUCAUUUACUAACAAGUCUGCUGCAAAAUUACACAGCAUACGCGAAAACAUUGACACGUUGCGAAUCCUCGCAACACAAUGGAAGCACAAGCAAUACUUUAAGAGGUUUCUGCCCAGAGGACAUUCACUGACUUCUGCUGUUCAGUGCAUUGCAAAUAAAAUA